AUGGCUUACUCGAAUACCCUCAGUGGCCGCCUGGAAGAGCUACGCUUCCCCAGCUUGAGGUCCCCGGACAUAGAAGGACCGCUGAGUCCAAACGGGUCCUCAAUAAGAGAGCAAAAACCCUUUUUCUCGAACAUACAUACCUCGUCCGGUGAUGCGCGUGCGAGCCUCCAGCGUCGCUUUACGACCGAUUCGAGUAAGAUGCCUGUGGGGCGGCCAUAUGGACAACAAUAUGCUGCUAUAACCCCGAACGUGGCGAAGAACAAGCAGAUCUACGAAGACAUCCAAAGUGCGAAACGCAAGGCUGAGGAGCAAUUGCGUCUUCUCGAGUUGCAAGAACGAACCCUACAGAUGGGGGCAAGUUCUCAAGACCUCGAGCGUAUUUCGACCCGCCUGAAUCGAAUCAGCUUGAAUGGGCCGGUCAGCGAACCCACGACUCCUCCUGAAUAUGCCGAUAGUGGACUCAGUAAUCGGUUUUCCCGCUCCAGUCGUCUGUCCAUGAACAGCAUCAUGUCACCGCCCGGUCUAAGCAAACGCUUUUCCCAGUCCAGUUCUCAGAUCACCUCUCCACCUGCCAACCGUCUUUCCGGAAACGGACUCUACAGUCAGUCCGAGAAGCCUUCGGCCAAGUCAGUCCCAGGCUCUCGUCGUGGAUCUGACGAGGACGAGUACUAUCCGGAGGAUAUGCCUCCCACACGGGGUGCUGCAUCUUUCAAUCGCUUUUCUAUGCCAGUCAAUAGUUCUCGUCAUCCUCAACGUCUCAGUGUAAGCGGAGCAACCUCAGGUAAUGCAUUUGGCCUAGCAAACACCACCAGCUUCCUCUUUGAUGAAGACGAGGACAAACACUUGUCUCUCAACGCUAUCGACUUGAAGUCUCCAGUUGCCAAGGCAUUUGCGCAACUCGAGGGUGACGAUACCUUUCCUACUCUGACGAGUGACGGCCUCAAGCUUUCUGCCAACUCGGCUGCCCUGGACCUCGCCAAUUCAAAGACUCCAGACGUGGACUGGACUCUCGGAUCGCGCUACAAGCCAGCUCACCAGAGCAUGCCACACACCGAUUCGUCUAUGUACCGACCUGUUCUGAGCAACCUCAGUGUCAACAGUCCAGCAGCCGAUCGCCCUGCUGAUCUGUCUCGUCGCAAGUCGCAGCGUCAUUCUAUGGGAGUCACUUUCGAGGAGAACGCGCCUUUGCCAUCGUCUCUUCCUGUCUCUCGCCCAGCGUCCCUGCAAACCUCGUACUCGACUAACGACGUUCCCACUGUCAGAAAGUCACUCAAUCUGGAGUCGGCUGCGACACCAUCCAAAAUGCAAACUGAUCAACAAUUUCAUAACCACAACGUCAGUCUCGGCCGUGUCCCUGCCGGCGCAAUGAACAACCGUCAAAGCCGCGAGCUGACCAACGGAUCUGCCAAGAUCGACGACAAGUCUAACAUGUCUAACAUGUCUGCUGCCACUCUCCCGGGUCUGCAUGCCAGCGUUGCACCCUUCAACACAGCUGUCGUCACAACCGAGUCCAACAUGACCGGUCCUUCCGGCCCAACUGCCAACUACCCACCACCCCAGCAGUACCAAUACAACAUGCAGACCUUCAAUGUCAGCCAGAUGAACCCACAGCCGGGUAUGGGCAACGCGACUCCAGGCUAUGGCCAGGGAGCAGUGAUCCUGGGAAUUGGCAACGGUAUCACUGCCCCAGGUACACGUGCACCGAUCGGCGGUCGUCGCAACCAUGGCGACGAAGCUCGCUUCGCCAAUAUGCCACUUGAGAAUUAUCGCGGCUCGUUGUAUGAGCUUUGCAAGGAUCAGCACGGCUGUCGCUACCUUCAGCGCAAGCUCGAGGACGGCAACGAGGAACACAUUCAAGCGAUCUUUGCCGAGACAUGCCCCCACAUCAUUGAGCUGAUGACCGACCCCUUCGGCAACUAUCUCUGCCAGAAGCUCUUCGAAUUCUGCACCGAAGAACAGCGCACUGCACUCAUCAACACUGCAGCUCCGGCGUUGACCACCAUUGCCUUGAAUCAACAUGGUACCCGUGCUCUGCAGAAGAUGAUCGAAUUUGUUCGUACCGAGGAACAAGUUGAGACCAUCAUUCGCGCCUUGUCUGAUCGUGUCGUCGAUCUCGUUCAAGAUCUCAACGGCAACCACGUUGUCCAGAAGUGUCUUACCCGCCUUGGUGCUGAGCGCUCGCAGUUCAUCUAUGACGCAGUUGGCAAGUACUGUGUGGUGGUCGGUACCCAUCGCCAUGGCUGUUGUGUUCUUCAACGCUGCAUCGACCAUGCUCAGGGAUUCCAGCGUGCUCAGCUCAUUGCGAGAAUCACUCACUGUGCCUUUGACUUGGUUCAGGACCCAUUUGGUAAUUACGUCGUUCAGUACAUUCUCGAUCUGGACGAAAUCUCCUUCACCAAACCACUGUGCGAGAGUUUCCUGGGUAGGAUUCCGCAGUUGUCGAAGCAGAAGUUCAGCUCCAAUGUCAUUGAGAAAUGCCUGCGUACCGCUGACAGCGACACCAAGCGUCGCAUGAUUGAGGAGAUGCUCAUUGGCAACGAGCUCGAAAAGAUGCUUCGCGACGCGUUUGCAAACUACGUUGUCCAGACUGCUUUGGAGUUUGCGGAUCCCCAAACCAAGAUGCGUCUGGUCGAUGCUGUUCGUCCUAUCCUGCCAAUGAUCAAGCAGACUCCCCAUGGACGUCGCAUUGCCGGCAAGAUUCUUGGUAACGAAGCCCCGCGUUCCGCACCUGCCGCCAACGACAAUAUCCUGGCCAGUUUCAAUGCUGGUCGCGCCAACAAUCGUCGCAAUGUCCAGAUUGUUGGUGGUGGCUUCAAUACCAUGCGAACUGCCAAUGCCUACGGAGCAAACGACAUGACCAACGAGAACAUGACUUCUAAUGGCAACGCCUACAACAUGAUGCCAGGUCACGACUCGAACACCAACAUGUACAAUGCUCGCAAUUACGCCAACGAAAUCGGACAGGCCGGCUAUCCUAGCUUCAUGAACGGGGCAGUUGGUGGUUCCAACAAUGUCCUCUGA